AUGUCCGCCCCACGUAUACUCCAUCGCCUCGCGCGACCAGUGCCAUCAUCCCUAAGCACAAUUACAAGACUAAACCGCCAAUUCGGCGCAACAGCUCUACGCCUCAAAGAUGGCGACGAAGCUGCCCCGGAGGUAAAGGCGCACCGCGCAAACCAGGCCAACAAGGCCCCGAACCAAUUCGUGCCCAACACAACCUCCACUAUGACAAAGGACUUCAUCAAUGUCGGCCAGAAGCCCCCGCCACCGGAGAUGCUGAACUCAGUCGACCCAAACUACAGACCGUCUGAUCCGUACCCCGGAAGGAUUGAGCAUUUCACCGGUGGUCGUCAGGAUAACGGGGCGCAGAAGCCCGAGCUUGGCGUCGGUGAGAUGGAGGGUAUUACGUUUAAGGUUGAGCCUUUGAAGAGAGUUGGGGAGGAGCUUGCCACGAAGAGGGCACGCCUGCUAUGUUCGUACCCGUUCCCAUGCAUGCUUGUAUCUCGGUCCCAAUUCCAAAUCCGAGAAUCCGGUGCAUCAAUAUAUCAAGAACCAUUCAAGCUAACCAAUGCCACCCAAGACCAAAGCCGCAAGCGCGGAAUCCUGGAGUCAGACCUGCUCCUCUCGACCUUCGCAGAUGUUUACCUAGGCAAGAUGGACUACGAUCAGCUCGUCGAGUAUGACAGCUUCCUCGAUGAGAACGACUGGGAUAUCUACUACUGGUCGACACAGGACCCACCGGAGGAGAUCUCACCCUCCGCUCCUAAGGAGGAUACCAUCACCGAGACUUGGAAGGAGACUGGUGCCAAAAGCGGUGAAUGGGCGCAGACUAUUGGCGCUUUCAGGGCGGCUUACCGGCCUGUUCCAUCGCGCUGGCAGGACUCUGAGGUUCUCACGCUGCUCAGAGCGCAUGUUCGUGAUAAGAGUGCUACUGGCUUUGAGAAGGCCAAGAAUAAGAAGACUGGUGGUGGUGGUGGCUUGGGAAGAAUGCCUGAUGUUCAGGUGUUUAACUCGUAA